ACUACUGAUCUCCACCAUCUCAUCCCUAAAACCCUACGCGCCAUAAUCCUCAGAGGCAACUCACUCCUCACUUUUUCUCGGAGCUCAGUGACUCGCCGAAACUCUUCGGCCGGCACCGGAAACAGCCCCCAACGAAAGCGAUUCAUCAAAAGUAAAGGUUAAGUUCAUCUUCUUCAACCCGUGGUAAAAACGACGUGUAAAGUCUGCAUAUGAAUCACGAAAUCGUUACAGUCCUUAAGAUUUUGUUCUUGCUUUAGAUUAAGGUUGAAGAAGUAGAAAGCAAUUUCGGCACUGGAUAUGAAGACCGACGAUAUGGCUAUUGAUGCAGAACGCAAGGAUAUAGAAGUUGAUUUGUCGAAAUUAGGAGCUGUCCAUACAAUGUUUGCAGCUUUAUUCUGCAAAUUGGUUGCUCCUAUAAAGACUAUAAUUUCCCGCAAUGUACUCGAAGAAACUCAGGAUGGUAAUGCUGCCGUUAGACCUCUCCCACUUGGAACAUCAGUUAGUGGAAAGGUGAAGAAACAAUGUGCCCACUAUUUUGGUGUAACCAUAAAUGAGCAACAAGCCAAGUUGGGGAUUGUGGUGCGAGUUACUUCGUUUGGAAGAAAUAGAUUUAAGUUGCUUUAUCUUGAGCAAGAUGCCAAUAAUGCUGCUUAUCACUUGGUCUCACAGGAAGAUAGUAAGAUGAUAUGCAAUGUACCAUCUGCAGGGAUGUAUUUUUUGCAUUUUCAAGUAUAUAGAAUGGAUUCAACUUUGAACGCGGCUCCAGCUGCAUUUUUUAAAAGUUUGGAAGGUGUUCACCCUUGUGAGGUCUCACAACUAAAAGCUGGUACUCAUAUAUUCGCUGUUUAUGGAGAUAAUUUUUACAAGAAAACUCCCUAUAAAAUCGAGGCACUUUGUGCGGAGUCAUCCAAUGAUAAAGCACAUAGACUUAGAGAAGUAGAGGCUCAGAUUUUAAAAAAGAGAGAUGAACUUCACGAAUUUGAGACACAGUUCAGGGAGGCUUUGGCAGACUUUCAAGAAGUGACAAACAGAUACCCCCUCGAAAAACAAUCUGUAGAUGAGCUGCUGAAACAACGAGACAAUAUCUAUUCUUCUUACACUGUGAGGAACAAUUAGAAAAGUCCUGGUGAAGAUUCAAAGGUUGAGAAGCCAAGAUCAUGAAGAUAAGUCAUCGUAAAAGGCUUCAAUCAGAAAGGGCAAAAAAAAAGGUUGAAAAACUGGGUAAACCAUGCUGAAGUAUAAAUUGGCUAGUGCUUCACUAGAUACCUAAUUUUGUCUGUUGUCCCAUUCAAUGUUACCAGGUUGGGAAAGUAGGAGGACUGUAGUCUUUUCUUUUCUUUUUCUUUUUUUUUUUUUUCAGGAGAAGGAAAAAAAUAUUAGGUCCACAAAAUUUUUGUAUAGUUCGGUCACAUAUACAUCUAAAUAAAUUGUUUUUGAAAUUAA